CAUUGAGUCGUUGACAAUCGCUUCUCAACUUCUGAUAAUGUAGACCUCGCUUAUGAUUUAUGUGAAUAACUGAAUAUCUUGGCUGGUAAAGGAACUACGUAAACUUCAUCGUUAUCAAAGAUCAUGAGACAUUUGAAAUAAUAUAUCGAGAAUACGAGUUAAAAAGUGAAGAAUAUAUCAUCAAGUUGGUCAUGUUUGGAAGCACCUUUUAAAUCUGACUUCGCGUGGUUUGACACAACUGAGAAAAUGUCUGGCAUACCAUGGGAAAACGAGGAAAGUCUGAACUACAUUCGAGCCCAUUACAUUGUCACUGAUGCUGUAAGAAAGGAAUUGAGGGAUUUCUUUAUUCAGGAAUGGAACAAACGUUACCAGGCUUCUCUCGGAGCAUGGGAUGACACAAACGUCAGUGGUAGUCAGUUGUUUAAUCUGGAGAAAAAACGAACAAGGCCAAAUAAGGCCAUGCUUCAGUCCAAAUUUCAAAAUGGAAAUACAAAUGAGUGGGAUUGUACUGUCCUUUUUGAUGCAAUUCUUUAUUCCAACUCAAUGGGUGGAAGUCUUAGUACAACUGAAAAAAUAGAAAUCGAAAAUCUCCGAAAAAUUAGAAAUGAAAUCAUUUGGGGCGUACUUGAAAGAAGACUUACUGACAAAAAGUAUCAAACAAUGACAACAAAUGUUAUAAAUGCAUUACAUGCAUUAGGACUUUCAAGCAUAGAAGUCGUUCGGAUAAAAAAUCUCCACAAAUCCUUUAAAAUUCUUCCCCCUGCGCCAACUCAUGAGGUCGUUUCUCGUUCUGACAAGAUACACGAGAUAAGAGAAGAUCUUGAAAAGUUGCGCAGCGAUAACGACGGCAAACUCACAUAUUUUUACAUCUCUGGGAAUCCCGGAAGUGGAAAAUCUCAACUCGCAAGACAAGUUUGUGAAAGUUUCUCCAGCGGUAUUCAUUGGCAGGGGGAUUCGAUGUUUGUUAUGACAUUGAACGGAAAAGAUUUAGAUUCUCUUUUCGACUCGUACGAAGAAUUUUGUCAUCGCCUGAAUUGCAACGAAAGUGCAAUAAAAAGUGUUUUAAAUUCAUCCAAACCAAAAGUUGGUAAAAUUGAAGAUUUAAGAUCGCAAAUAUCCAGCAGAAUUAAGAAUUGGAAGAAGUGGUGGAUCAUCGUAGACAAUGUGGAAAAUCUUGAGCUCAUUUCCUCACUACUGCCUCUUAUAGGCGACGAAGCUUGGAGUAAUGGCCAAGUAAUAUUAACAACACAAAAUAGAGAUUCUAUCCCUUUUGACGCCUUGUCGACUAAACAUAUCUCAGUUAGUCUCGGUUUGAAUGACAAAGAGUGUCGCCAGCUUCUUGCCCUGUUAUCACGAACAGACGUCAAUGAUCCAUUACUAGAUGAGGUGGCAGAGAAGUUAGAUCGUCAACCACUGGCAUUGGCUGCCGCAGCCGUGUAUAUGAGACAAGUCAUUGAGAUUUACACCGAUUUUUCUUGGUGGGAUUAUUUACAAAAGCUCGAUAAAGGUGAAAGAGAAUCCACAGAAGAACGUCUUCAACAGACAAAUUCAGCAGCAUAUUCGUCCACCAUGACUGCAGCUGUGCUUUUAGCUGUUAAAGAAUGUUCGAAAAAUAACAUAAUUCUUGAACACUCAUUCAAUCUUUUCUCUUUGAUAUCGUUUGAAGCAUUACCACUUGAUCUUGUUGUAAAAUAUAUUCAGCAGCAAGACGAAGAGCUGGAUGCCGAGGAUAUAAUUCUUGCAAUAAGGUUUUGCUCGUUGUUUGUACUUGUUGAAAACAAAGAGAGUGAUAUCCGAUUACAUCAUGUUAUCCAUGAAGCAAUCAGAAUAUUUUGUUCUUCCAAAGAAGCUGAAAUUGAUAAUAUUUUCCGGACUGAAAUUUCAAAAAAAAGAAGGAGAAAGACACAAAGUCAUAUCAGAAAUGUAAUUCACAACGUUGUAAAAACAAUGAGCUAUUUCAAUGAGAGAGAAGAUAAGAUCAAAUUGAUUCCACAUUUAAAAGCAUUUCACAAAGAAAUUAAAAACAACAGCCUUUACCCCGAUCAUAUGUUAUACGCGUUAUGCUUAGAUUUCGAAAAAGCUGAAGCUUGUCGAAUUUAUCAGUUCUUUGGGAAGACAUUAUAUCUCUUUUCUGAGUAUACACUGUCGAUGGAAUUCUAUCAACUGGCACUAAAAGUUGGAAUAGAACGAUUUGGACCGAACCAUGUUAGCGUUGCUACUACAUACAACAACUUGGGUGCUGUGUAUAGUGAUAAAGGUGAAUUGGAAAAGGCUAGUUUUUAUUAUCAACAUGCGCUAAAGAUACAAUUAAAACAAUUAAAACCCAACCAUGUUGACAUUGCUACUUCUUACAACAAUCUGGGUACUGUGUGUAGUAAGAAAGGUAAUCUCGAACAAGCUAUUGAGUAUUAUCAAUGUGCUCUAAAGAUACAAUUAAAACAACUAGAACCCAACCAAGUUGACGUUGCUACUUUUUACAACAACCUAGGUACCGUGUGUAGAAAGAAAUGUGAUUUGGAACGAAGCUGUAACUAUUAUAAACGUGCGCUGAAAAUUCAAUUGGAACGAUUAGGACCGACCCAUGUUGAUGUUGUUACUUCCUACAACAACUUGGGUGCUGUAUGUAGCGAUAAAGGUGAUCUGGAUCAAGCUAGAGAUUAUCAUCUAAGGGCGUUGGAAAUUCGAUUGAAAGCAUUAGGACCAAACCAUGCUGGCCUUGCUACUUCAUACAACAAUUUGGGAACUGUGUGUAGUAUGAAAGGUGAUCUUUAUCAAGCUAGUGAAUAUUAUACACGGGCACUGAAAAUUCAAUUCAAACAACUAGGACCGAGCCAUCUUGACGUAGCCACUUCAUACAACAACCUAGCUAAUGUGUGUAGGCGAAAAGGUGAUCUUGAUGAGGCUAAUGAUUGUUAUCAACGGGCAUUAAAAAUUACACUGGAACAGUUAGGACCGAACCACACUGACGUGGCUACCUUAUACAACAACCUGGGUGUGUUGUGUAGUGAUAAAGGUGAUAUCGAUCGUGCUUUUGUUUAUUAUCAACAGGCGCUGAAAAUUCGAUUAGAGCUUUCAGGACAAAACCAUACCGACGUGGCUACCUUAUACAACAACCUGGGUGGGUUGUGUAGCGAUAAAGGUGAUUUCGAUCAUGCUAUUGUUUACUAUCAACAGGCGCUGAAAAUAAAAUUCGAAAAAUUAGGACCGAACCAUACCGACCUGGCUACCUUAUACAACAACCUGCGUAAUGUGAGCAUGCGAAAAGGUGAUUUUGAUCAGGCUAAUGAUUAUUAUCAACAGGCGCUGAAAAUUACAUUGGAACAAUUAGGAACAAACAACGGGGGUGCUGCGUGUCGUGAUAAAGGUGAUCUGGAACAGACCAGUGAUUAUCAUCAGCAGGCACUAAAAAUUCAAUCAGAACAGUUAGAGAAAAUCCACACUGAUGUUGCUAUUUCAUACAAAAAUCUGGGUAAUUUGCGUAGGCAAAAAGGUGAUCUUGAUCAAGCCAAUGAUUACUAUCAACGGGAUCUGAAAAUAAGAUUGGAACAAUUAGGACCGAACCAUACUGACGUGGCCACUUUAUACAACAACCUAGGGGUGUUGUGAUCUUGACCAGGCUAAUGAUUACCAUAAACAGGCGCUGAAAAUUCGUUUACAACAAUUAAAACCCAACUACAUUGACGUUGAAACUUCUUACAACAACCUGGGUGUGUUGUGUAGUGAUAAAGGUGAUUUGGAUUUUGGUUCAUUAUUUUAAAUUUUAAUUAUUAUAAACAGGCGCUGAAAAUUUGAUUGGAGCUAUUAGGACCGAACCAUAAUAGCUGUAACAGCCAUAACAGCUGGGUAAUGUUUGUCGUGAUUAAGGUGGUAAACCUGUGUGUGUUGUGUAUUGAUAAAAGUGGUGUGGAUCAUGCUUUUGGUUAUCAUAAAUUACUGAAA